CCCGCUCUCGACCCUUCUUCUUCCGUAUCAUCCAUCACGAUCCUCAGUCAGCUCGCCGAUGAUGAUGGCGUCACCAACACGUCGGCCAGAGGGAAAGGCAGAGAGGCGGGCAUCGCCAUCGAGAAAUCGCUCUGCCUCGACUGGGUCUGUGUUGAAGCCCUCGUCUUUGCACAACCAAACUACGGGCAGCGAUGCAGCGAGACCCUCUUCCAGCGGCAGGUCAUCACCACUCAAGGCAUUCCGAAAGGCCAACAAGUCGGCCUCUCGACCCGAUGUUGGGCUUUCUGCUCCAAAGUCAAAGGCGCAGAUUGAUGGGGAAUUCGAGGACCUGCUGACACGCCUCGAGGUAUCCAAGAAUAUUCGCUCCAAGCUCGUCGCUCUCGCCACACCUGUCAAGGAGGACUUCCUGCGCCGAGAGUCAGACUUGACCGCCUCGUCUUUCGGAUCCUUCGGAGGUAGUGGUGGCAGCAGCAGCAGCGCAGUCCCAUCUUCGACAUCAUCGUCUUCGCCGCAGAAGAGUCGCAUGCCAUCUACUAGCAGCACUGAUAAUCUCUGUCCACCAGACAGACGAGCACUCUUCGGCGGCGGACCCCGAUCAAGGAGCUCGACCUCGUUGGACUACGGCGCCGAGUCCGCUUCAGCAAGUCGAAGCGCCAGUGGCCAGAGCAGCCAUUCUAGCGCCUCGUCCUCGUCUUCUCCGGGCAAGAAGCAGAGGACUAAGCAAGGUAGUGCGAGUAGUCCUACACUCCCCUCUGGCAGCGACAUCUUCAAUGGGGGCGGUGAGCGUACCCCUCGCGCCCGCACGAAGUCUGGCGCAGGCAGCGCUCUCCGCAGCCUCUCCCCGUCGCGAGCUGCUGCUUCGUCCAAUCUCGCCCCCGCCAAUUCUGCGACUCAUCACGCACGACACCUCCUCUCCGUCUCCUCCCGCAAGCUAGACAUAGACGCACUCAAGCAGCUUCGCGUGCUGCUGAGCUCCGAGUCUCCCACAUGGCUGGGCGACUUCCUCUUCACAAAUCGCGGCUACGAGGGCCUGCUGAAGCGCAUCGGCGAACUAGUGGAGAUGGAGUGGCGAGAGGACAUCCACGAUGAUAAGGCGCUGCAUGAGCUCUUGAGGGGCAUGACAGCGCUUGCUGCUACAGAUCGCGGUCUAGUUGCGCUCUCAAGCUUGCUGUUCAGGCCCUAUGUACCUCAACUGCCAGCUGGUGGGACAUGGGGUGCAGGACCUGCGGGAUCAUUGCCGGAGACGGCACCUGCCUCAUUCAUCGGUAAGGAGGAUACACCGCCCGAGCUGCCUGUGGGGUGGGAGCUUCAUCCGCCUUUCGGACCUCUCGUCGCCUUGCUCCUCUCGGAAAAGAAGCCAGGAGAGCUCAAAACGCGCAAACUGCUCAUUGACGUGCUUGGUAGCCUCCUGAAUUUACGUUUCCCGCCAGGGCUGGGAGAAGCAGCCGGCGACUGCCUUCGUGACAUUCGCGAGAAGCGCGAAACUUCGCCCUGCUAUCAAGCUUUGAGUAGCUCCAGUAGCAAGACGACCCCUUUGCAUCUGCUGCUCCUGCUACUACACAACCCUCUGCAGGCACGCUCCCUCUCUCUCCUUCCCUUCAUCUCCAUGUCACACCAAUCACGUCCCUUCAAGGCCUACCUCGGGGAGCUACUCUCCGUCAUCCGCGACUACUUCUGGGUCUUUUGUCACUCGGACAACAAGUUCUGGGAUCACCACGCGCUCGGUGAGAAGGGAAGAGAAGAGCGCGGCGGGCCUAGCGUGCCCGGUGGGAUGACGGAUGGUGUCGAGUGGGAGGCUAUGCAUUACCUCACUGCGAACUUGAAACUGCUCAAUCGCAUUUCCGGGAGCCUAAAGCAGGCGGACGCGGAGGCGGCCAGGCUCUUUCAUGAGGGUCUGUUCGACUCGGGGAUGGAACGACUUCUUCAAACUCUCAGGAGGGCAUCUACCCGCUACUAUCCUCUCACGCAUCUCGCGAUGGCCGAAUACCUGACUCUUGCGGCUGAGAGUAGGUACAAGCUGCCGACGAGCGUGAUUAUGAGGAGCGAGGGUGGAGCACUUCGAGUUAAUUUCGAGCUGCCUUCAAUCCCGAUGAGGAGCAGCUCGCCUGUCAGACCGGUGUCGCCCGUGAGGCAGGCGUCUCCGACGCGUCAGCAGCAGCAGCAGCAGCAGCAGCAGCAGCAGCAGCAACAGCAACAACGGCCGACUGAGCAGCGCUCUUCUCCUCCCACUAUGGCCGCAGCGCUAGCAUCGUCGCAAGCAAGGACGGCCCCUCCAACCUCCAUCUCUCCCACUCGCAGCCCAGCAAUCCGCCGCUCCCCUUCUCCCUCUCGAAAGACCCGAGGGGAGCAGCUCGCUUUCGCUCAUUCUCCAAUUCGCGCCGCAAUAGCUUGCAACACGCCUCUCUCACCGCCUGGUAAUGACUGGCUUCCUCCCAGCACCUCCUCCGGCUCAGGCUCGGCAUCAACGUCGGCGGCAGAGGACAUGGCGGCUGCCAAUGCCUUCCUAACCACGAGCACGAGUGACGAGGCCUUCUUCAGCCAGCCUUUGCCUGCUCCUCCCGUCGGCACAAGUAGUGCGGAUGUAUAUGCCAAGCAACAGAGCGGCAGACAGUCACCCUCCAAGACUUGUGCGGCUACGCCUCGAUCUCCUGCGUCAGCGUCAGCGUCAACACCGGCUUCGGCAUCGACAGGCACUCUCGACACUCUCGCCAGCCUGGAGCUCGGCGCUCCUCUUCCUACGGCACGAGCGGCUGCGGCCUUCUCGUUGGACCCUUCAAGCGGCUCGGGUUCUGGCAAUGGCUUCUUCCAUCGUGCUCCGCCUGGCGGGAUGGUCCCUGCGAUGGGGACUGCCAAGGAUCGCAUCCGUCUGUGGGAAGGCAGGGCGACUGCUGCUGUCAGUGGCAGUGGCCAUGGGAGUGGAGCUGGUCGAUAGGCUCCAGUGCUGGCUAGGUACGGACGUUUGAUGGCUCCUUGUAUCGACCUACAUCUCGUUUUCGCAUAUCGUCUCUUCUCGCACCGUCUUCUCGUACCGCCUUGUUCCUCUCCUCGCAUCCAGCUUUCAUCUCUGUACUCACCUCGUCGUACUCUGCUUAGGUGUAGCCACGUGCUCCCAGCGGACCAUUCCGUUCAUCCUAUCCUCGUCAUCUCGUUGCAUCGCCACGGUUGUGGAAU